AUGGGUUUGCCACAAGUUUCCUCUACUGAUAGUGGUAAUGAAGUUGCAGCAGCAUCGUUGGGCUCUUUUUUGCAAAGCCCACCUCGAUAUGGUGGCAUGAGCACCUGUGAUUUGGAUGGAUUGGAUGGAGGAAGUACUGUCCAAACAGUUGAGCAUACUAGGACUUCCUCUUUAGGAGAUUUCCAGGGUAAAUCCUCCUUGGAUCUUUCAAAAUAUUCAGACAAUUCAUUUGGAUUUGGAGGGCCAGUGGAUGUUGCUUCCAAUUUUCAUGGGUUAAAAACUGGUUCUGUGGAUAAAGUUGGUCAUCGUACUCCUAAAAGUGGGAGGAAUAUUCCAAACCCUGCUUCUAGGAUUGUGGGUUUUGAAUCACAUGGAAUGAGUUCUUUACAAACUGGAUUUGAGGUUCUUUCUGCUGAUCGUGUGCGUUGUUCUGCUAUUGAUGGUGUCACAAUUAAUGAGGCUGAGUCGAGUGGAUCACUUGUCAGGAAGCGGUUACCGUCAUCACCUUCAAAUGAUAUGCUUUCUGCAAAACAAUUUAAUGGCGAGUCCUUGGAUAUCAGCUGCAAUGCUUCUCGGAUGAAUUGCCCUACUCGUGCUGAUAAUUUUAAAGAUUCUGCGUCACAUGACUUCAAGAAACCAAAUGUUGGCAGAAAACUUAAUAUUAAUGUGUCAUCUCGAUCCUUAUCUGGCUACUGGGAACAAAAGAAUGUGCCAUGUCACAAUGGUGCAAGAGGAUCAGUUCUUUUAACUGAUGGUCCGUUACUGAAAAAUGAAGAUGCACUCCCUCAUUCUAAUUGUUUUUAUUCUUCUGGAAACAAUCAUUAUCAAGAGACUAGGAUAUCCUUCCAAAAGGGAUUUUCAUCUCCACUCUCUUUGUCUCCUCUAGGUCUGAAGUCUUCCUUGAGUAUGAAAGCUUUAGAAGGAUGCAGAAACGUCAGGAGCCAAUUUGAGGAUUACUAUUCGAAUUUAGAAAAUGUAGGACAUUCAUUUGACAGAAAUGACUCAGGCAUUAACUUUUCUUCUGAAGAAGCAGAGUUCAGGAUCUCAAGCAGAUCAUAUGAAGAUAUUGGUUUCUGCAAAGAAUUUUGUUCGUCUUCAUUGGAAGGCACUACUGACUCAGGUUGGUUGUCUUUCUGUAGAGAAGCAGCUCCGGCCCAAUGCAUAAGGCACUUGAGAAGUUUGAGUGGUCUUCCUGUUAGGAGGUCCUUGGUUGGUUCAUUCGAGGAGUCACUAUUGUCUGGACGGUUCUUUUGUGGAAAAUUUUCUCAGAGAAUUGAUGGCUUCCUAGCUGUAUUAAGCAUUACUGGAGGGAACUUUUCACCGCAAUCACAGAAGCUUCCAUUUUCAGUGACCAGUGUAGAUGGGGAUUGCUAUCUACUGUAUUAUGCAUCCAUAGAUCUUGGAAGGAAUUCAUCAUCAAACAAGUGUAGGGGACAAAAGUUUAAAAGAUGCCUAAGUAAUGAUGAUUCUCAAAUUGGCGGGAGUCGUUUGCGUGUACCUAUGAAAGGUCGAAUACAACUGGUUAUCAGCAAUCCAGAGAAAACUCCGCUUCACACAUUCUUUUGCAACUAUGAUUUGAGUGACAUGCCUGCUGGUACCAAAACGUUCCUGCGCCAGAAGGUCUCUUUGGCUUCUUCUGGACCAACUUCGACAGAACUGAAACAAGGGCAGAUGGGUUUGGACACAAAAGUGAAAGAAAAGGUGUCUCCAAUAUCACAGAAAAGCUAUCCUAUAUGCCCAGCAACUUCUGUUGGUCAGAAAAGUAAAAUUGAAGGAAGUGAAUCCUGUGAAAUGGUAGAUACGGUUGAUGCAAGGAAUUUCCCCAAGCAGUCUCAAAAUGUACAAAAGGUGACUGUUGACUCUUUGAUGCUUGAGACCAACUGCAGUAGUGCCAAAUGCCAGAGGACUGUGGGGAAGGAGUGUGCUGGGGUGGAAACAUGCAAUGAAACUGACAGAAAACCAAAUCAUUGUUAUUCAAAGAUAAAUGAAACUACUCGUGGUGGUGGUGCACUCCGUUAUGCGCUUCAUCUCCGCUUUCUAUGCCCAUCACCAAAAAAGUCAUCUAAAUCAGUGCAGAAAUGCCCUUCUGAUCUUAUAGCUGUACCACAAAAGACGAGCUUAGGUGUAGAAGGGGAGCGUAGAUUCUAUUUAUACAAUGACUUGAGAGUUGUGUUCCCUCAACGCCAUUCAGAUGCUGAAGAGGGCAAGUUAAAUGUAGAUUACCAUUUCCCUGCAGAUCCAAGAUAUUUCGACAUCGGCAACUGA